GUAACCAAAGCAACCAUUUUCCCUUAAUUAUCCUACCUACCAUUCUUCUCCAACCCCAACCUCCACUCUCUCUCUGUGUCUCUUUCCUCGGAAUUUUUAUCUUCCGAGUCGUAUAUCCCGCAAUAUGUUUGAUUUUGGAGAUGAGUUCUCAAUUGAAGGGUACAGAGUUCCUUGGCUUAUAUGGAUCCAGCUCCUGGUCCUACUCCUCCUUGUCUGUCUCCUCUAUAGCUUCACCCUUUUUACCUCGAAUCGCUUGGACUUCACCGCCGAGGCUUCCACAUCUGCCAGUCAUCUCGUUUCCAAAGAGACCCAGAUAGAAAAACGGAUUCCCAAGCGCAACACCACAAAGAUUCGUACGAAUUACUUGGAGACUACCCAGGUUGGAGAGCAAGUUAUAAAGGGGGAAAUAACAAGAAGCACAAGCAGAAGAUUGGUGAGAGAAGGAGAAGAGGUUGCAGAAAGGGAAGGGUCAUCAGCAAGCCAUAAAUAUCAAUGUCAUCACCCUUGUGAUUUUUUCAGGCAGGCUAGAAUUGCAUUUUUGAAAUGUUUAGGGUUAGACGAUAAUUCUUCGCUUUCCGAGCAAAGAAAGAUAAAGGAACAAAUAAAUAGGAGGGAGAGUUAAAUUAUUAGAUCUCCAAUCCAUCAUUGUUUUUUUAAAUGAAAAUUUUCGUGUUUAAUUUGAUAAAUUUAAUCGCAUUGUAAAUACUAACAAUAUUCUUCGAGAAAACCACAUUAUACAGGAUUGUUGUUUGUAA